AUGGACCAGGUACUCCAUGAAGCGGUGCAGCUGCAAGAUUUGCAGCAGAAAGCAGACUUGUUCUGGAGGCUGAGGUGCAGCAAUGAGUCACUCCUGCUUUCGACAUCGGGGGAUGAUGAUGAACCCGAUGGAAUAACCCGUCUCCAACCUCCGGGAGGACUCAAAGAUGCCACCCCUCGAGCGGUCAGAGCAGUGCUGGACAAACGACCGGACGGAGCCAUGGGCCGCCGUGCGCUCCCACCAACUCCGCAUGCGACCCCGCAGCCCGAACCACCGCCAAGGACUAAGCCCCCCACGCAGCAGGCACCCCGGGGGCCCCAGGAGGGAGGUGGUGUGGGCGUGGUCCUGGCGGGGCCGGGAGGCGGGUAUCGAUUUUAUGGAGAACCGAUAGUAAAAGCUUGUAUUGAAAAUGGAACUAGCUGUAUCGACAUCUCUGGAGAACCUCAGUUUCUGGAACUAAUACAAUUGAAGUAUCAUGAGAAAGCUGCAGAAAAAGGGGUUUAUAUCAUUGGAAGCAGUGGCUUUGACUCCAUUCCAGCAGAUCUGGGAGUAAUAUAUACCAGAAAUAAAAUGAAUGGUACUUUGACGGCCAUGGAAAGUUUCCUGACUAUACAUUCAGGACCUGAGGGGCUGUGCAUUCAUGAUGGUACCUGGAAGUCAGCAAUUUAUAGUUUUGGAAAUCAGAGUACUUUGAGAAAACUACGAAAUGCAUCAAAUCUGAAACCCGUCCCAAUUAUUGGUCCAAAAUUGAAAAGAAGGUGGCCAAUUUCUUACUGUAGAGAACUCAACAGAUAUUCCAUUCCUUUCUUGGGAUCUGAUGUGUCUGUUGUGAAGCGGACUCAGCGUUACCUGCAUGAAAAUUUAGGGGAAUCACCAGUUCAGUACGCUGCUUAUGUGACAGUGGGAAGCGUCACCUCUGUUAUUAAGCUGAUGUUUGCAGGACUUUUCUUUUUAUUCUUUGUGAGAUUUGGCAUUGGGAGGCAGCUUCUCCUAAGAUUCCCAUGGCUCUUCUCCUUUGGUUAUUUUUCAAAACAAGGUCCAACACAGACACAGAUUGAUGCCUCAUCAUUUACAUUGACAUUCUUUGGUCAAGGAUACAGCAAAUGCCUCGGUACCGAUCAGAAGAAACCAAAUAUGAAAAUUUGUACUCAGGUGAAAGGACCAGAGGCUGGCUACGUGGCUACCUCUAUAGCUAUGGUUCAGGCAGCCAUGACCCUUCUAAAUGAUGUCUCUGAUCUUCCUAAGGCGGGCGGGGUCUUCACACCUGGAGCAGCUUUCUCCAGAACAAAGUUGAUUGACAGACUCAACCAACGUGGCAUUGAAUUUAGUGUCAUUAGCAGCUCGGAAGUCUGAACAUUUGAAGAAUUAACUGAAGUCUUAAAGUGUAUGAAUUAACAGCUUGUGUAUUUGAUAUCUGAAAUUCUUCUAUCAGCCUGACUAUAUGUGGAAAAGUUUGUCAAAUUUAAAAUUUCUACAUGUUAAAAGCAAGAUAUUGUACUAGCUUACCCUCUACUUAACAUCUCAGCUGAUUUUGUGAUUUUAUCCCUUGUGGCAGAGAACUAACAUUUGACUGACUUUUCCAUUGAAGUGUUCUAGAAAUGUUUAUGAAUGAGCUGGCAGGUCAGAUGGUGGGGGAGGCGUCCCUGUCUGUCCUGCCCCCAGCAGCCUCAGCGAGGGCGCCAGGCCAGUGCUCACUGCGGGCAGCACCUUUCCUUGCUGCUUUCCUUGCCAUGGCAUUGAACAGAAUCUCGCCUUCCAGUGAGUUUCUGUACAUAUCGUGUGAGCCUGUGCUAAACGAAGCUGCACUUUUGCUAUUUUAGCCUAGUUUUUCGCCCAUCUACACUGACCGACUUUGGACUGUUACCUCAGUUGAUUAAUAAAGGGUUGUCAGUUGAAAGUGG